GAAGACAAGAAGCCAAAGACCAACUGCUUUCUCACAACUGCUCUUGUUUUUCUGUAACAUCUUUCUCUCUUAGGUAGGUUCUCAGUAAAGCUUUUUCUCGGUUUCUCAGUAAAACUUUUUCCUGGGUUUCUCAGUAAAGCUUCCUGUGAGUGUGUGUGUAAUGGAAAAGCUGAGUUUGGAUCAUUUGCCACCUGGGGUCAGAUUUAGUCCAAAGGACAAGGAGGUCAUUGAACUCUACCUGAAGAAGAAGAUCACAGGGAAUGAUAAAGACAUUUGGUUUAUUCCCGAAAUUGAGUUCUAUAAAGAUGAGCCCUGGGAUUUACCAUCUAAAAGUAGGAUUGCUACGGAGGAUCAAGAGUGGUUCUUCUUCACUGAACAGAGCCUAAAGCAUCAGGACGAUAAUCCAAAAAAGAGAAAAAGGGAUCCCAAACAAGAAAGGGUGAACAGGAAAACCAAGGCUGGGUUCUGGAAAUCAACUGGUACAGAUAGGGAAAUCAAGUCUGGAGAGAGCUUGAUUGGAAUGAAGAAGACUCUGGUCUUCCAUAUGGGGACCACUAAGGGAAAAGAGAAGGGAAAAGGGACUAAGUGGGUCGUGCAUGAGUACAGCACAACCCAGAAGGACUUUGAUGGAAAACAUCCCGGUCAGUAUAUAUUAGGCAAUGAUGUUAUGUCCGCCCAAUUCACUUGGGUGCUUAACAUUAUGCAGAAGGCCUUUGUCCUUUAUCGUUUAUUCGAUAAUCGAGAAAAGAGCACCAAUGGUGGACCUGCUGCUUCACUUGAUACCUCAUCUCGUAUUGAAGAAAUGAAGUCUAAGUCAUCACUGGCUCCUGUAUCUCCAGCAUUGGAUGUUCAAGCUGAAACUCAUCAAACAAGUAAUCAAUCUUGUUAUGCUAAAAUUCCUGAUGAAAUGUUAUCUGAUGCUACAGCACCUGUUCCAUGUGAAAAUGCUUCUGUUGCAGAAAAACAGGAGGCAGAAAUGACAUCUUCUGAGGAUGAAUUUAAUGUGGAGGAAUUUUUGAAUAAUCUCUUCCCAUCCACAUUUAAUUUUUAUGUGGACGAAAUGAUGUCUGAUGCUACAGCACCUAUUCAAUUUAAAAAUGGCAACUUCAACUCUGAGGUUGACCAGGAUUUGGAGAAAGCCCCCAAAAUGUUCUACCCCCAUCCACCCGAGCCAUUAGAUUGCAACUUUUCCUCCAUAUCAACUAUAACUACCGCUACACCGGCUGUUUCUUCUCCUACCACAGCUAAAGCUUCUCUUGAAGAAGCACAGUCUAUGCUAGCAUCAGCUUCAGUUUGUGAAGCUGACAAUUAUCCCAUGAGUUUUCAAUGUUAUCCAGCAGAAAAUUAUGAUGGAAUAUCAUCUAGUAGUAUACCACCCAUUAAGUACAUUUAUAACACUUGUGUUGCAAAAAAUGAUGUGGUAGAAAAAACAUCUGAUGAGAUGCAAGCAGAUGACUGCUUUUGUUACAAGUCUAGCAGUCAAAAUAAUCUUGCUUUUGAUGAUGAAACCCAGGAAAACAUGGUUUCUGCACAGAUAAAUUGGUCUUCUGAAAACUUAUCUUGCAUUGUUAUUAUGUGCAACAGUUUGAUCAAGAGUAUCAAGAUUUGUUGUGGCUUGAAGAUAUCAUCAAAAGUCCAAAGGUUUCACCAGGGUUGUAAAAAUCAGGAUCAUGUCUAGGAUCUGAGGGAGGGUCUUCAGAUCAGAUCAUAGGAUCUGAUUGAAGAUCAUAAAAUUUUACAAUUAAAGGAUGUCAAUGAUUUAGAUAGAUAAUUAAUUCUUAAUAUUACUUAUAAGACAUGGCAAAAAAAGAAGAAAGAAUUAUGGCUUUCUUGGGAAGUACUUAUUAAAAAAAAAAAAAAGUCUUUCCCGGAAAGAGUAGAAGAAUUUUUAAUACUCUUUGAAGACAGCUAAAUUAAAAAGGAUGUUAGUCUUUCUUAUAAAGUUCAAAAGAAAGUUUAAUAUUCUUUAAAAACAUAGCCAAAAGUCAAAGAACUAUUAAUAUUCUCUGAAAUCUAGCAUGUAAGCAACAUUCAACCAAUGUUUUGGGGAUUUUGCUGAAAAUGGGAGCUCUUCCUUUUCCCACUUACAUUUGCAAACAUUCCCUAAAGUCUACUGAAAGUGAUUCACUCUUUUUCAACUCAAAAGAAAAAGAGACUUCCUAGUCUUUUACAAACCAAAGACCCAUGGUCUUUUACAAUCAAAGGCCUAUGGCCUACUUUUACAACUCAAGACAGACUUAUUGUCAUUGGAACUUGGGUUGUUACUCUCCCCCACUCUCCCAACCCCCAACACCACCCCCCCCCCGCGGAAAAAAAGUCUUUAAAAGACUACCGAAUUGGGUUCCUUAUUUUAGCUCCAUGUUGAGUUUAAUGGUUUCUGUAAAAGAAACCACAAUCUAGGUUGUUAUUUUAAUAAUCCUUCUUAAAAGAAUCUAAUUAAUGUUUAAAUCAUUGACGUUUUAAAUUUGUAGAAUUGUGACAUUUAAGAUCCUGAUCCAAGAUUUUAGCAACCCCCAGACACCAUUACAGAGUGAAACAAGUACAGUCGUCACUUCUAUGUAUAAUGCAAUUUGUAUUUUAUAUCUCUGGGAUAUCACACUCUUCUCCCAUGGAGUGGAUAUCCUGGUGAUACCAAAUGCGUUCUCAUGUAUGAUGUUGAUGAGCACUAGACAAGUUUGGUCUUCCUACCAAGAGAACCUUACCAGUGCAAUAUGUCAUCAUCCACUGGUUUUGUGAAGCAAUUCUAUAUGUAUAUAUUGAGUCAAGCUAUCGUUUGGAAUUAGUAAGGAUUUGGCAACUACGAAAUUGGAGCCGAGACUAUGUUGUUGUUAAGUUUGUAUGUAGUGUGAUUUAUGUUCAGCUGUACUGGAUAUUUGUGGUUUUUCUGUAAACAUGUAAUAAAAUGUUCCAACAUGUGAUUUUCUUUAAUGUUAUCUUCUUUAA